AUGCAGCAUCCAGCAACGUCAACCCCAGGAGAAGGGGAAACAGAAACCUUCUCCCCCAUCCUACCUUCCGCACGAAUCCAAUCCUCCACCCCGCUCACAAUCCCUCAACUCCAACAACUCGCAAACUCAGGUGACACUGGAGCACAAGUAGAUCUACGAACAAUCGAAUCUCAACAAGCUUUCUCCUCCUCUUCCCAUCCUACAGCUCCGAAACAGAAAUUGGUUCCACCGAAAGGAUGGUUGCACUUUGUAGCAGGUGGAGCAGGAGGGAUGUGUGGAGCUAUCAUCACUUCGCCCCUCGAUGUGGUCAAGACGAGGUUACAAUCCGAUUUGUACAGGACCAAGGCUUCCACCUCUAUGCCUCUACAGAGCGGGCAAGGAGUGUUUGCGAGAGUGACAAGGUUAGCCUAUCACUUUGUCGAAACGGGGUAUUUGCUGAAAGAGAUUAGUACAACAGAAGGGCCUCGAGCCUUGUUCAGGGGACUGGGGCCGACGUUGGUGGGAGUAAUUCCAGCGAGAAGUAUCAAUUUCUACACUUAUGGAAAUGGCAAGACCUUGAUAGCAGAAAGGUUCAAUGGAGGGCAAGAGACAAGUUUGGUUCAUCUUGGUGCGGCUGCGCUGGCUGGAGUUGUGACUGCGACGGCUACCAACCCCAUUUGGGUAGUCAAGACUCGACUACAACUUGGAUCUCGACAGAAAGAAUGCAACCCUACUCCUGCUCGAUCAACACAAGCAGCAGUAGGGGAAAGACGAGCAGGAGUAGCACAACACCACACAACUGCAGCAAUUCGAUCACACAAGACUCUCGGAGCGUUUGGCGAACCAGCGUUCUUCCACGCAUCAAAAACUUCUUCUGCUUCUUCGCUCAGCUCUUUCCAAAUGUCCCUUCACAUAAUCCGCACAGAAGGUCUCAAAGGUCUAUACAAAGGCAUGUCAGCUUCCUACCUCGGUGUGGCAGAGGGCACGAUCCAAUGGGUUCUUUACGAAAGGCUUAAACGUAUCCAUUCCCCCUCAUCCCCCCAUUCCUCCUCCUCUGCCGUGGUGGAAACUCCAAAAUCCAAGUUAUCAAGUUUGGUCGGUGCAGCAGGAACAGCCAAGUUGGUAGCCAGCCUAAUCACCUAUCCGCACGAAGUAGUAAGGACUAGAUUAAGACAACAAGUUGCACCUGGUCAAAAGCCUAAAUAUACAGGCUUGUUGCAAACCGUGAAGUUGGUUUAUAGGGAGGAAGGAUUGGCGGCAUUGUAUGGUGGAUUGAGCGCACAUUUGUUAAGGGUUGUGCCAAAUGCUGUGGUUAUGUUUAGUAUUUAUGAGAUGACCUUGCGCUUGGCGACCAAGGUUGAGCAUGAGGAAUAG